CAUCCACAACUAUGUCUUCCCAUCAACAGAAGCAGCCCAGUGUCAUCCCCCCUCAGCUCCAGCAGCAGCAAGUGAAACAGCCCUGCCAGCCACCUCCCCAGAAGCCAUUUGUCCCUCACACCAAGGAGCCAUGCGACCCUCAGGUCCCAGGGACAGGCACCAUCAAGGUUCCAGGGCCACAGUACCCUCAGGUCCCAGUGCCAAGCCAUCCUCAGGUCCCAGGAACAGGAACCACCAAAGUUCCAGGGCCCUAUCCCACCACAGUUACUCCACCUCUUACCCAAGAGAAGUACCCACAGGUCCCCAAGACCAAGCAAAAGUAAGAUGACCCAAGAUCUCAUCCUCAUCCUCCGUGGGACAAACUUCUGAUUGCUGAAAUUCCCUUUUCAUUUGCUGUCAAGCCCAAAUACCUCUGCUAUCCCCCUUAGA